CUGGAUCUUGCUGCUCUCUUUUGCAGUCACCACCACUCUCGGCUUCUCCUAUCUGCAUCCAUACCAUAUGAGGCAGGCACUGCAUUUACAAAGCGGCGUCUGGGACUUGACACCACAGGCAGAAUGAAGCAUGGAAGAGAAGGAAAGGGAAGACAGGGACUGCUCCCCCCGAAGCGCCACCACAAUCUCUCAUAGGAUAUCGCUGCAGAGAAGACCCUGAGAGCAGAAUUAUGUCAUGCCCAGACAACCACAGGGCUCAAUGACUUUUUGUGGAAGAUGCCCCAUGUAUUGGUGCUUUUGGUGCUCCAUUUGCUGGGGCUGAUGAAGUCUGCUGGUACCCCACACUCCUUAAGGAUUGCUGCAAUUUUGGAUGACCCUAUGGAAUGCAGCAGAGGAGAAAGACUUUCCAUAACAUUGGCUAAAGACAGAAUAAACCAGGCACCAGAACGGCAGGGGAAAGCCAAGUUGGAAGUGGACAUUUUUGAGCUCUUAAGAGAUAGUGAAUACGAGACUGCAGAAACUAUGUGCCAGAUCCUCCCCAAAGGAGUUUUGGGUGUCCUGGGCCCAUCUUUUAGCCCAUCAUCAAGCUCCAUCAUAAGCAACAUCUGUGGAGAGAAGGAGGUGCCACAUAUAAAAGUCAACCCCGAAGAAGUCUUAAGAUUUCAGUUCCAGAGAUUCACCACCUUAAAUCUUCAUCCCAGCAACACAGACAUCAGUGCAGCUGUGGCAGCUCUACUUCACUUCUUCAAUAGCACUACUGCUUGUCUUAUUUGUGCCAAAGCAGAGUGUCUCCUGAACCUAGAGAAGCUUCUGCGCCAAUUUCUCAUCUCCAAGGAUUGUCUCUCUGUACGAAUGCUUGAUGACAACUGGGACCCGACACCACUUCUGAAAGAGAUUCGUGAUGAUAAGACAAGCACCAUUAUUGUCCAUGCUAAUGCAUCAAUGUCUCACACCAUUUUGAUGAAGGCAGCUGAGCUGGGAAUGGUGUCUGCUUAUUAUACAUAUAUCUUUACCAGUCUGGAGUUUUCUCUACAACGAUUUGACAGCCACUUGGAUGAACGUGUGAACAUCUUGAGUUUCUCUAUGUUUAAUCAAUCACACAACUAUUUCAAGAAAUUUGUGCACAUUCUUCAGGAAUCCUGGGAAGAGAAUUGCGACCACAGUCCUUUCACUGGUCCUGCACUCUCAGCAGCCCUGCUUUUUGAUGCGGUUUAUAGUGUUGUGAGCGCAGUGCAGGAAUUGAACCGGAGCCAGGAGAUUGGUGUUAAACCUCUUUCGUGUGGGUCUGCUCAGAUCUGGCAGCAUGGGACCAGCCUCAUGAACUACCUGAGAAUGGUAGAGUUGGAAGGUCUAACUGGCCAUGUGGAAUUCAGUAGCAAAGGUCAAAGGUCAAACUACGAUCUGAAGAUAUUGCAGUAUACAAAACUAGGGUUUCAGGAGAUUGGACAGUGGCACGUCAAUAAUGGCCUCUCCAUGGAUAAGAGAUAUUUUCUCCUCAAUAUUUCGGACAGUCUUGCCAACAGGACCCUGAUUGUUACUACUAUCCUAGAAAACCCAUAUUUGAUGUUAAAGACCAAUCACCAAGAUCUGGAGGGUAAUGACCGGUAUGAAGGUUUCUGUGUGGAUAUGCUAAAGGAGCUAGCCAAUAUUCUACACUUUAACUACAAAAUCCGCCUGGUUGCAGAUGGUGUUUAUGGCGUUCCAGAGCCGAAUGGCUCCUGGACUGGCAUGGUGGGAGAAUUAAUAUCCAGGAAGGCAGAUUUGGCCGUCGCUGGUCUCACAAUCACAGCUGAAAGAGAGAAGGUGAUAGAUUUCUCCAAACCUUUCAUGACCUUAGGAAUCAGCAUUCUGUACCGUGUGCAUCUGGGAAGGAAGCCUGGAUAUUUCUCUUUCUUAGAUCCCUUCUCUCCUGGAGUGUGGCUCUUCAUGCUUCUUGCCUAUUUAGCUGUCAGCUGUGUGCUUUUUCUGGUAGCUCGACUAACUCCAUACGAAUGGUACAGUCCUCACCCUUGUGCCCAGGGACGGUGCAAUCUCCUAGUAAACCAAUACUCUCUUGGGAACAGCCUUUGGUUUCCAGUUGGAGGAUUUAUGCAGCAGGGAUCUACCAUAGCUCCUAGAGCACUGUCUACUCGCUGUGUCAGUGGAGUAUGGUGGGCAUUUACCCUGAUAAUCAUUUCUUCAUAUACAGCAAAUCUUGCUGCUUUCCUCACUGUGCAACGAAUGGAUGUGCCAAUUGAGUCAGUCGAUGACCUGGCGGACCAGACUACAAUUGAGUAUGGUACAAUCCACGGAGGUUCUAGCAUGACUUUCUUCCAGAAUUCCAGAUACCAGACAUAUCAACGAAUGUGGAAUUACAUGCACUCAAAACAGCCUAGUGUAUUUGUAAAGAGUACAGAGGAGGGAAUCGCUAGAGUACUGAAUUCAAACUAUGCCUUCCUUCUGGAAUCCACUAUGAAUGAGUAUUAUCGACAACGAAACUGUAACCUUACCCAAGUCGGAGGUCUUCUAGAUACUAAGGGCUAUGGCAUUGGUAUGCCAGUAGGUUCUGCCUUUCGUGAUGAAUUUGACUUGGCUAUCCUUCAGCUGCAGGAGAACAAUUGUCUGGAGGACCUCAAGCGAAAGUGGUGGGAUGGAGGAAAAUGUCCAAAAGAGGAAGAUCACAGAGCAAAAGGACUAGGUAUGGAAAAUAUUGGUGGCAUAUUUGUGGUAUUAAUAUGUGGCCUCAUAGUGGCCAUUUUCAUGGCUAUGCUAGAGUUCCUGUGGACUGUGCGAAAUACUGAAGAGUCUGAGGUUUCUGUUUGCCAAGAGAUGGCUUCAGAGCUUACCAGCAUUAUCCUCUGCAAAGACAGCUUUCUGCCUCGACGGAGGCGCGCUGGUAUGAUCCGUGCCAGGCCAAUUAUUUCAGAAGAAAGUAGGAGUCGGAAUACAAGCAUACUGAGCAAUGGUAAACUUUGUGGGGGCAAUGGCCCUGAUCCAUUGACACAGAGACUGGCACAGGAAGCGGCUCUUGUAGCCCGUGGGUGUACACAUAUCAGAGUAUGUCCAGAAUGUCGUCGCUUCCAGGGUCUUCGAGUCCGCCCAUCUGGGGGAUCCUUAGCACAAAGUGAAGAAAGUUUGGUAUGGGAGAAAACAACAAACAGCAGUGAGCCGGAAUAGAAAAGACACUAUGUGAAAAA